UGCAAUUCCUGCAGGAGUGCCAGGCGGCAUGGGGGCAGAGCAUCCCCGGGUGGAGUGGCGCGAGUCCCGACUGCAGCAGUGCCACGGGCCUCACGUGCGACCCCUCCGGCAUGAUCGUGGCCCUGCAACUCCGGAACUACAAGCUGGGAGGUCAGAUUCCAAAAUCCCUCAGCAGCCUCGGGAAGGUCACUUAUCUCGAUCUUGCAAGCAACCAGCUGCCAGGCAGCAUCCCUGCCACCAUGACUGCCCUCAGCCUUCUGAAAUAUCUGUGGAUAUUCAACAAUACGCUCUCCGGCUCUAUCCCGGCUGGCAUUGGCUCACUCACCAGCGUGAUCUCCCU